GCUGGCUAUAUCUGAUCAUGCAACUGAAUAUCUGUUUUAUUUGGCACUAGCAGCUCGACAAGUCGAAAUGGAUGCAAUACUGAAAAUUAUCUUCCUGAUCAGUUUUUAUUUUAUUGCUGUGACCAUACAUUUGGGAAUGUGUGAUGACGUUCCAUCCGCCGAUGCAGACACUGUUGUAACAGAAAGUGAAGAACACUACACCGCACCAGAUGACUUCAACUUUUAAUAGAUUCGUGAAGCAUAACCAUUUAAAGCACAACCAUGGAUAAAUAAAUAAAGUAUUUUAUAGCGCA